AUUUUAGGGAGGGAAAAAAAUCUGCAAUUCUCAGUACUCUGCAACACUGGAUAAGUGUGUCUGAUAAAGAGUGACUGUUCAAGAGGGAUAUUCAUUCACCAACACCUUCUGAAAAUGGCACAGGCAAAACGUCAUAAUCCAGUGGACAGUAUUUGCCGAAAGAUCAAGACUAUCCAGAUGAUGGACCAAUUCUCAAAUCCUGCUCUACAGAUCCCCAAAUUUCAGUCCAGGAACUUUGAUAGCCCACAGAAUAAUGCCAGGAAAAAUCUAGAAGAGCUAUUGAAAAAAAGGACUUUUAAAAGUUAUGAUGGUACACCAUGUUCCAGAAGUCCUAAUAAGAAUAAUAUUUUCUCUCCAUACUUACAGGCCAUAUCCCCUAGUCUUAGAGAUGUCUCUGACUACUAUCAUGGGAAAGCGGCCUAUUCCCUCGUUAAAAGUAAAGAGUGCAACGGCAAGCCACAGAGACAAAUCUGCCAUAGUGACAGCUGUUCUCCACUUGUUCUCCCAGCUAGAGAGGAUAAUCCUGGCAGUCGGUCAUCUGCGGCCUCCAACUCCGAAUAUAAAGACCUAACUCAUGAAAUUAAUUACCUGACGUCAAGUCCUAACUUCCAUUUCUUAACAACUGAUCAAAAGACAAGAGAUUCUGUAUUCCUGUCUCCUUUUUCAAAGAAAUUUUCCUUGGAUGAAAGAGGAUGGAGAUCAUCACUAGAAAAUAAAGCUAAUGAUACCUAUAAUGUGAGCUUGAUCUGUGAAGAAGACUUGUUGACUACUAUCUUCUAUGCCUGUGACACAGAACGUAAAGGAAAAGUAACAGUUUCCACAAUACUUGAUUAUAUGAGGCAUACAACUAGCCGGGGGUCAGAAGACAGUGGUCUUGAAGAGUUAUGCAAUAUGCUUGAUCCUGAUAAAAGGGAUAUUUCAAUGGACUUUGAAACAUUUCAUGCAACCAUGAAAGAGUGGAUUGAAGACUGCAGAAGAAAAUGGGAAGGUGAUGCCACCAAAGAAAUAACUCUAAGUAUGGAAGACUCUGAGUUGAAAUUACAUGAAAUCAUUCCAGCAGCAAAAAAAGCUUCUGUUAAGCUGAACAUUACAUCAGGAAGCUUAGAGGCCUUUGGUGGAGAUGCGUCUAAAGGAGACUUAGAGACCUCUGAUUUGAUUGCCUGCGUAGCAGACCUGCAAUUUAACAACCAAAAACUUCAAGAAGAGAACAGCAAAUUAAAGCUGGUUCUGGAAAGCAUGGAGGAGGCCAACAACAGGCUAAUGGGAGACUUGGAGGAACUGCAUAAUCAAGUGAAAAGUGCCCAACAGACUGUUAUGAGAACAAAUUCACUGGAGGAGGAGCUGGAAGAAAUGAAAAGUAACCUGAACUCCUUGGAAGAGAAGAGAGACAAACUUCUGAGCCAGAAUAAACGGCUUGAAAAGGAGAAUCAGUCUCUCAUACUCAAGAUUUCUGAUCUUCAAGAAGAGAACCUAGAAACUUCUCCGGAUUGUACCAUUUCAGUUUUGGGAGCUGCUGAGUGGGGAGGGACCAGAGGACAAAGAGGAGAGAAUACUAGGAAUGCUUUGGAUGCUGAUGGCCUUCAGAAAAAGAUUCUGGAGUUGGCCAAGAAUGCAUCUGAGCUCCAAAUGAAAAUACAUGUUUAUGAGACUACUGUGGUGAAUAAAGAUGCAAGUCUUCUCCAGAAAGAUUUGGACAUCAAAGAUCUUAAAUCUGCCAUUGUGGAAUACACGUCAAUAAUAGAGACUUUACGAGCAGAAAAAAAUAAACUGGUGUAUAGCAUGCAACAAAUGCAACAAGAGCUGAUUUCAAAUGGCAUACACUUCCAACUAAUAUGCAAAUAUAACAGGAACCUUCUUGAAGGGACAUAUUCCUUGCACUCUGAGUUAGAACUUGCUCAGUCUCCAGAGAUCACCAGGUUUGAAUGGACACCUUUGGAUGAAUCGCUGGACCGAGAGGUACUAUUGUUACUGCAAGGGCCUGAGAUAAUGAGAGAAGAAUUUAAGGCUACUAUCAAAAAACUGCAGGAGGAAGCCUCUGAAACUGAGGAACUUGUGGUGACUUCUUUUCAGUGGGUACCGGAUCCUGAGGUGAACAUAAAGGAGACCUGGGGGAGAGAGCUUGUGGUUCUUAAGCAAAAGCUAGAAGAAAGGAGAAAGCUCUGGUGUCAAAAACUUGAUCUCUUGAAAAAAUGCACAGAAUCCCUGGAUAAAAAGUUUAUUGAAAUGUCAGGAAAUUUGAGGAGAACAAGAACACAGCAAUUUCAUUUAAGGAAAGAACUGGCUUCAAGGCAACAUGAGCUAGAAAAUGUCAAGCAGUUACAAGAAGCAGCUACUGGACAAGUAGACACCCUUAGCUUCCAACUGCAAGAAGCUAGAAAAUGGGUGGAAGAUUCCUGCGAACAGGCUAAGGAUCGAGAUGAGGCCCUCUACUCUGCCUGUGAAGAAGCCAAAUCUUUGAAAUGUGAAUUGGAGGAAGCCAUUUCUGAGCAGAAAAAUCUCCAGGCUAUGAAUACAUCUUUAAUGAGCACUUGCCAGAUGCUUCAGGAAAAAAUCAAGGAGCAGAAAACAACUGUUAACACUCUGCGAGAGAUGCUGUUUGAAAGGCAGCUCUGUGGAUUGCUACAUCAGAGUUUUAGAGAUGAGGAGUCUGACCAGAGUGCACUGUCUACAUCAAAUAUAAAACAAGAGACAGUAAAGCAGAAGCAACACUGCUGCUCCCAAAGACAAGAUCAGCGCCUGGGAGUUUCCUUUGUACCUUUGUCAGGACAUGAGUGCGGGUGGUACACACCUCUACUAGAUGCUCUGACGCUGGACACGCUACAGUUGAAUCCAAGAGUACACACAAACCGUGAUUCCACAUGUACUGCAGCCAGACCUCUGCCUGCAUUUGAACAGCAGGAUCUGAUAAAUGGGUCCAUCUUGGAUAUGACACCUGCAUCCCUCCAGUGGAAAAUACAUUUUGCUGGCAACCAGACUGAGGCAGAUCUUCCUGUUUCUACCACCAUGAUGGACUUGUUGCUUACUGAAGAGAGCAGUACAGGGCCAUUAACACUAGUUGAUCCAGCAAUUUCCAGUGAGCAUUCAACACCAUCCCGUAAAGAAGCUACUGCAUCCUCGUUGGAGAGUACCAAAAUAUCAACAGAAUUGCUCACUAUGGAGACAAAAUCUUCUGAGUUUGCACAGGCAAAAGAGGAAGAUGUACCAACCUUUGUGGCAAUGAAGCAAAAUAAAGAUAAGGAUCUGACUGCUAAUUUGUCAGGUGCUGAUCUGACUAGGGAGUUCUGCCCAAGCACAGAAGAUCACAGAACUACAGCUGAAAAUGCCUUAAAGUUAAAUGUGGUGUGUGAGGAAAUGGAGGCUCUUAAAGAAGGAAGUGGACAAGCAUCCAUAGCAGUUCCCAGUAUCAAAGAGAAUUCACCCAUGGCAGCUGGCAUUAAAGGAGCUAAAACCAAUCUGAGCGAUGAUGGCUCUCCAAAUGAAAAGGAGGUGGAGGCAGAGUUUCUCAGAUUGUCUUUGGGCUUUAAAUGUGACCUGUUUACUUUGGACAAGCGAGUGCGACUUGAAGAAAGGUCUCGAGACUUGGCUGAAGAAAAUUUGAAAAAGGAGAUCACUAAUGGACUGAAACUACUAGAGUUGUUAGCACCUUUGUGUGAUGAAGAUAAUCAAGCUCAGGAGAUCAUUAAGAAACUGGAGAAAUGUUUGCAGAGCCUUAGUCAGUAUGUGACCAGGGUUGCUAGUAGAGCAGAAAUGUUGGGAGCCAUCAAUCAAGAGAACCGUGUCAGUAAAGCAGUAGAAGUAAUGAUUCAACACGUGGAAAAUUUGAAACGCAUGUAUACCAAAGAACAUGCAGAACUUGAGGAGCUGAAACAAGUUCUACUUCAAAAUGAAAGAUCAUUUAGCUCUCUUGGAGAUGGAGAUGAAUCUGCAAAUAAAAGUCUUCCAAGUUCUCUCAAUUACAAGCCCUCAUCACUACGAAGAGUUAGCAUUGCGACAUUGCCCAAGAGUACUGGAAAUGCUGGCAUUGGUCUGUCACUGACUCAACUAAAUGAAACUGGUGGAGCAGAAAAGAGUGACAAAUUCAACAGGAGAUCAAGCAGUUGGGGAAGAUUAGGAGCAAAGCAAAAUGAGAAGCGUCCUUCACUGCAACGAUUCAUUAGCACAUAUUCCUGGACAGAGUAUGAGGAAGAACACUCCGAAACAAAAAACACAAAGUUGGAACCACCAGUUGAAGAAACAAGAGAAGACCAACAGAGGAAGAUGAGUGUUGCUGAAAAGGGGAAAAGUCCAUCAAAAUGGAUUCUAAACUCGGCCUGCAACAUGAUGUCUUCAUGGGUUUCUCAUCUCAAGACUUCCUUUUGUGAUGCUAACAAGACUUUAUGGAUUUCGGUUACCAUUCUGGUCCUACUUGCUGCGUUCACAAGUUUUCUCACUGGCCUGUCUCUUCAAAGACCAGCAGAUGCGGCUCCUGUGGGAACUGGGAAUUCCUGGACUUCACUACAAAAGCUGUUGUGGCCAUAUACUGGACUUCGACACAAUGGACCACCACCUACAUAACACUGGAUUAGAACC